UACUGCUAUUACAAAGGCGCAGGUAAACACGGUAUUAAGCAGUCGUGUAACAGUCAUCGGUAACUGUGGUGUCAAUUAUUUUUAACCAUUGCAACAAAAAUGCCAUUGAAGAUCUCAUACGAAAAUUGUUCCUAAAGCCGGAAAUUACCGUUGUGGAAUUAUUUUUGCAGAUAGUUUUUUUAACAAUUGAAACAAAUACAAAUGCAGCUAGUAUCUAAUCGAUGUUAAAAGAAGAGAAUUUUGGAUUAAAAUUGUACCGAAUAAUUUGUCAUUUUAAAUUUUUCAAUUUUCAAGUUUUCAAAAAAUCGUGGAAUUUAGCUCAUCAUUUAAGAUAAUUGAUUGUUGAUUGUUGAAUUGGAAUUUUGUUACAAUGCUUACAGCGUUGUUUACGAUCAUCAUCACCAACAUUGUGUGUGCCGCCGAUUUAUCAAAGUCAUUUAAAAGCAAAACUUAUAAAAAUAUUGAUUUAUCUGCAGCGAUUAUAACAUAUGUAGAAUUGCAGGAUAUAUCUAGUCCAAAAAAAACACCACUGUCUACAUAUUAUGAACCAACAUUCUUAGGAAAUAAUGUGUUUAGUCCUGUAAGUAGCGAUAUGAUAGAAUCUUUAUUUUUAAACAGCGCUAGAGGAUCGACAAGGAAUGAAUUGAUGACUUAUUUGGGCAUUACUGAUGAUAAAAUAAAACCUUUUAGCGAUAUGUACCGACCGGAAUUGGCUUACUUAAAUGAUAUCGAAAACGUAGAAUUGUAUUUAGGAAAUGCAAUAUAUGUUCACAAGUCAGUUGAUUUGACAAACGAUUUUUUAUCAUUAUGCACGAAUGAACGUCAUUGUUCGAUUUCAAAAGUAGAUUUCAAGAAUAACGUAGAAACUACAAAAGCAAUAAAUUCAUGGGUCCAAGAGAAAACAAAUGAUGAAAUAUCACAAAUAAUUUCUUUAGGUUAUAUCGAUAAGGAUACAAAAAUUAUGUUGGUAAAUGUUGUGUACCUCAACGUUAGCUUGGAUAAUGUAGGGAAGAUAGACAAACGCAAAUUUUAUCCUUUUCCAUCAAAAAUGUUUUUUCUCCCAACAAUUAAUUUUGAUAACUUGAAAUUUAUUCAUGGCGAAAUACCACAAUGGAGUGCGAAAUUUGUUGAAAUUUCAAUUUUGAAUGCCAACAUUACGAUAACUAUAUUUUUACCAUACGAAGAGAUGAAACUUGAAGGCCUGGAAUACUUAUUAGAUAAAAUUGAUUUAAGUGAAUUAAGAUUACUUAAAACUAUAAACCAUUAUGAAAAUAUAGAUUAUCUGUUUUUACCUAUAUUUAGGAUUGUACAUGAUGAAAAUGUAACAGAUAAUUUUUAUCAGGAGGGUGUAACUACAAUGUUCGGGGAUGAUGCUGAUUUGACAAAUCUGUCAAAAAUUCCUUUAAAAGUGAACAGUAUCAUUCAAGCAAAUUUUAUAAACAUUGAUAUAGGAAAAUCAGAAGUUCCAAAUGUUGACAGAAAUAAAGUAAGAAAUCUGGUAGGUUCACAGAAAGAGCUGGUCAUAAAUUGUCCGUUCAUUUACGUAAUCGAAGUGAACGAAGAAACAAUAUUUGUAGGAAUCAUGCAAACAUCAAAUUUUAUAUAUAGGAGACAUAAGACAGAUGAAUUAUAAAUUUUAUUACAUUUUUAUAUUUAUUGAAAGUUUAUAUCACACAAUGUAUGUAUAACUUAAUUUUUUUUUAACUUUAUAGUAUUAAUGUAUAUAAAACUU